GCUCCCGGAAGGGUGAAGGGGUAGCAGGCCGGUGAGGCUCUGAGGCUGAGCUGUCGCUCAUAUCAAGCCCUCCUUACUUCUAAAGACUGAAGCUGAUACGCAUGAGCAGAAUUAUAUUUGAACAAUGAGUGAACCAGAGCUGUUGCUGGAUUCCAAUAUUCGACUAUGGGUGGUGCUUCCCAUAGUAUUCAUAACCUUCUUUGUGGGGAUGAUUCGUCACUAUGUAUCUAUCUUGCUCCAGAGUGACAAAAAGCUCACACAGGAGCAAGUGUCUGACAGCCAAGUCCUGAUUCGAAGUAGAGUUCUCAGAGAAAAUGGAAAGUACAUUCCAAAGCAGUCUUUUCUGACGCGGAAGUAUUACUUCAAUAAUCCUGAUGAGGGUUUCUUUAAGAAAACUAAAAGGAAGGUGGUGCCACCAUCCCCAAUGACAGAUCCUACCAUGCUGACAGAUAUGAUGAAAGGAAAUGUAACAAAUGUGUUGCCUAUGAUUCUAAUUGGUGGCUGGAUCAACAUGACCUUCUCAGGCUUUGUCACAACAAAAGUCCCCUUUCCUUUGACACUGCGUUUUAAACCGAUGCUACAGCAGGGUAUUGAGUUGCUUACUUUGGAUGCAUCCUGGGUAAGCUCUGCUUCUUGGUAUUUCCUAAAUGUAUUUGGACUUCGAAGCAUUUAUACCCUCAUCCUUGGCCAAGAUAAUGCUGCAGAUCAGUCCAGAGUAAUGCAGGAGCAGAUGACAGGGGCAGCCAUGGCCAUGCCUGCGGAUACUAAUAAAGCAUUUAAGACAGAAUGGGAGGCUCUAGAACUGACUGACCAUCAGUGGGCACUGGAGGAUGUUGAAGAGGAACUCAUGGCUAAAGACCUCCGCUUUGAAGGCAUGUUUAAGGAAGAGCUGCAGACAUCUAUGUUCUGAGAUUCUUCAUAUGGUUGGCAUUAAAUCAGUUAUGUUUAAUUCCUACAGUGUAUCUUUAUGGAUGGCCAGAAUAAACAUGAUCAAAAUUUCUGUGA